AUGGAUUUUGAAAUCUCACAAGAUACGAACAUAAAAAGUACUAAUAAAAAUUCAACACUUGGGAAAGUUUUAAUAUACGCAACAGGUGGCCUGGCUUUAGGUGUGAGCAUCAUAAGUAUUCCGUUUGUUUCACCUGCAUUUCGAAAAAUUUGUCUACCAUAUGUUCCAGCAACUACAGAUCAGUUGUUAGGAGUUAAAUUAGCGCUGAAAGGCAGAUCUGGAAGAUUAUUAGAUGUGGGUUCCGGGGACGGUAGAAUAGUAUUUACAGCAGCUAAGUUAGGUUUUCAAGCAGAUGGAGUAGAAUUAAACCCAGUCUUAGUAUGCUAUUCUAGAAUAUCAGCUAUUCUGAACAGACGAUACCGAGAAACCAAAUUCUACAGACGAAAUUUGUGGACAUUUGACUUGGUGCCCUAUGAUAAUAUUGUUAUAUUUGGAGUGGAACAAAUGAUGAUUGACUUUGAAAAGAAAUUAUUAAAAGAAGUUAAGGAGGGUACAGUUGUGGUAGUAUGUAGAUUUCCUUUACCAAAUAUGAUACCAGUUGAAACAAUAGGACAUGGUGUGGAUACAGUUUGGAAAUAUGUUGUU